GGCGGGACUGCGGGGCACCGGCGGGGCUGCGGGCGGGGUCGCGCCCGCGGCCGGCAGCCGUCUCUGCGCCCUGAGCCAGCCGGGCUUCGCCGGGUGCCGGCGGUGCGCUCUCCCGCCGCGGGGCUGCACAAUGGCAGUCGUUCCGUAGGAUGGAUCCUGCCGUGGCUUUUGUUCUGCAGAUCCACCCAUCCUCCUAGCAGUCAAGUACCAGGCUAUGGUUUUUUUUUUUCUCCCUGGGGAUCUUUCUUCCGCGUUUUGCCGGUGUCUCCGAUGAGGUUUUGGCCUCGGCUGGGAUUUCACUACCUUACUUUUCGUUUGGCUUCGUGCUGAAACAGAAACAAAAACCAAACCAAAACAAAAAAGGGAUUUCUUUUAUUUUCUCUCCACGCUUUUGGUUCUAAUCCAGCGUUGAUCUAGGGGGAAUAACCAUUCAGCCUGGCUGAAAAAAAAGCAUCCGUUGAAAAGUCUCAAAGAAAUACACCACGUGAGGAAAAAAAACUGGGAGAAGAUCGGAAUAUAAUCGGUUUUUCUAUGAUAAAACUGGUGCCCCUCUUCAGGAGAACUGGUCUCAAUUUAUUAUUAUGCAACCACAAGGAUCUCUUCUUUCUCAGGGUGUAUAAGCUGCUGGAUUGCUUUUCGCCCAAAUCAAUGUGGUUUCUUUGGAACAUUUUCAGCAAAGGAUCGCAUAUGCUGCAGUGUCUUUGUGGCAAGAGUCUUAAGAAAAACAAGAACCAAACUGAUCCCCAGCUCAAGGGUAUAGUGACCAGGUUAUAUUGCAGGCAAGGCUACUACUUGCAAAUGCACCCCGAUGGAAGUCUCGAUGGAACCAAGGAUGACAGCAGUAAUUCUACAUUAUUCAACCUUAUACCAGUGGGACUUCGAGUUGUUGCUAUCCAGGGUGUAAAGACUGGGUUGUAUAUAGCCCUAAAUGGAGAAGGUUUCCUCUACACAUCAGAACUUUUUACACCAGAGUGCAAAUUCAAGGAGUCUGUUUUUGAAAAUUAUUAUGUAAUCUACUCAUCCAUGCUCUACAGACAACAGGAGUCCGGGAGGGCCUGGUUCUUGGGGCUGAACAAAGAAGGGCAGGUCAUGAAAGGAAACAGAGUGAAGAAAACAAAACCAGCAGCUCAUUUUCUACCCAAGCCAUUGGAAGUUGCCAUGUAUCGAGAACCAUCUUUGCAUGAUAUUGGAGAAACAGUGCCAAAGGCUGGGGUAACUCCAAGUAAAAGCACAAGUGCAUCUGCAAUAAUGAAUGGCGGCAAACCAGUUAACAAGAGUAAGACGACAUAGCCAGAUCCUCACAGGUGUUGUGACUUACUGAGUCCCGAGUACAGUUGAGCGAUUUAUCCUUGCCAGACUUCCCCUCUGCAGUGUCUGUGGAUCAGCUUGCGGCAAGUCACUGGCUUGCCCGUUGCUGUUUCUGAACUGAGUCGUUGCAAGCGGAUAAAUCUCAACAUGUAGCUCUACCCACAACAAGAAGACACCUGGAUGAACCAGCUAAACUCAGACCAUGGAAUGCCCUACCAGAUAUUGGAAUGCCUUUUUAAUAUCUUUUCUGUGACUGUGACACUUCAUGUGAAUGACAUAUUUCACAAGUACACUUGAUACCUUGCCUGCUGACAAUUGCCCAUAAUCCCUUUUUGAGUCCAGUUUCAGCAAAAUCCAUGUGUUUAAGUUCUAUUUUGUAGCACACAAAUAAUCAAGUAAUUUCUAGUUAGAUGCUGUAAACCUGUGCUAUUAUGGAUUUCUCUUCUUCCCUUUUUUAUAAGGCUGCUCGCUCCACUGUCUGUGACCUUUGGCAGGGAUUGUGUUUCUCUAUAACUUAAGUGUUACUGGUGGCUUAGUUUUGAAAGCAAUCAGGGAAUCAGGAAGCCUUCAAAAAUCUAUUAUUACAAAUUAUAUCUAUAAAGAAUAGGAUUGUUGUCUCUGGCUUACAAUAUUGAUUAAAUGUGAAUACUCUUUAGUAACAGAUACUGUGCUUCUAAGGUUGGCAUUAUAGUGGAGGGAAGAGUGUCAAACACAACCAACCAACAGGAAGUUUUCUGCAACGAGUGUUUGGCAUCCCCCUAUAGUUUCUUUUUGUGUGUGUGUUUUAUACAUAUCACAGGCUUACUGGUAAUGGUAACAUUUGCCUUGCCCAGCGAGCAAGACCCACUCAUUUUUGGGAAAGUGGGUCCAAAGAAUUUUGUAGGCCUUGUAGGCCUGAAUUAAGGCUCAUUUUUCAUCUACUAAAUCUUCAUUGUUUGAAAAACAACCACCACCAAUUAAAAAAACAAAAAACAAAACAAAACAAACAAACGUAAGUAAGACUAACCAGAAUUACGCUACCUAAAUCCAUUUCAAAUAUAAUCCUUUCCUGUUUUUAAGGAACUGAACUUAAUGCCAUUGUUAUUUUUGGCUGAAUCCCACACCUACUUAGCAAAGCAUGGGCAAGGAUGUUGUUGUGUUCUUUUUUGCAGCACCAAUGCAAAGGGUAGUUACAAAUUAUAGUUUAAUAUAUCUGGUGUUUUAAAAAAAGAAGUUUUAAAACUGGACAUAUUACCAAACUUUAUUUUUAUGUUUCGCUAAGCAUGCAAAGUCCGGUCCUAUGUAUCUCACUGAUAUCCCAGUAUGUACGCCCACCCAGCUUCUUAGGAUAAUAUCCCCUCCAAAUUGCUAGAUUGAAGGUGCCUUGCCUUGAUCUCUGUAUACUGUACUUUCUCCUACAUGAACCUAGAAGAAAUCAGAAACAUUAUAAAAUUGAAGCCUUGGAUCAUACUCCCAGAAACACAGUCAACACUUUGAGUUCGUCACUUGUGAACUGAAAAAAACCAAUGGGGGAGGGAGGAGGGGGAAGAUUUAGAGAAUGCCACAGAGAUGCCACUGAAGUGUUGCACGUUUAGUCACGGGCUUUCAGAAGACUGAAAAUAUGGGUUCUCUCUGUAUGCUUAAGAAGCAAUUUGUUUCUCAGAAAGGGCAACAAGGACCAAACUGUACCUCAGUCCGGAAAAUUGUGUGGCAGUGCCCUCUUGGCCUCUUGUUGUUACUUUGAUAUUUAAAGACAAAAAAAAAAAAAAAAAAAAAGAAAUAAUCCUUUCCUUUUUUAGCAUUGUGUUUCUGGAAAUUUGUUUUAUCAUAUCUUCGUGCUGAAGUCCCUAACAGAAACCACUGGUUAUUUCAAAUUCCCUGUCUGCCCAGCUGAACAACUAACUCAGUCUGAAUGAACUCUUCAUGCUAGUUUUCACGUGUUCUGUUUUUAUAGGCAACAUACAGUGCACUCUCCAAGGAGGCUACUGUAAAAGCUGCUAAAAUCUAGAUAAACAUUUUUUUCCCCCCAUAGGCCAGACUUCCUUGUUUAUUGAUGUAAUAUGAGAACGGCAAGCUAACACUUGAUGUUGGGUCUUUCUAGGGAGGGAAUGAGUUAAGCAUGAAGACCACUAUCCACGCAGAGAAAAAAAAUACAAACCUACUCCAAAAUUGCGAUAAAAAUGCAAAGAAACUUUGACUUAGUCUGUGCCCUUGCCUGCUAGCACUAAAUACAUGUGCAUGGGAAAAACAACGCUUUAUUAAAAAUUUUGGUGCACCCUUCUCAUCCCAUCUGGUCCAGUGGGAUUUGUGCACCAUCCCUGAGAAAACAAAACCAAAGCAACUCAUGUGGUGAGCUGGGGGCUUGCUCUGCCUCUGGAGGACCCAUGGGAGGCAGCAGCCUUGGUGUUGUGCUAUCUGCUGGGUCCCAGAGGAGGCCCCAGGCUUUCCUGCAAUUAUAAGAGGAGCACUUCACAAUAUUUUGAGUAAGAUAAUACUCAAAUACUUGAGUAAGAUGUAGCUGAAGGCUACAUUCUCUUUCUCUCUCACCUGAAUGUCAUAAGAGUUCAUGAGGAGGGAAUACAUGUCUUCAUGUCCCCUCCAGCCACCUUUUUACUCUCCCAGUGUAAGAGCCUGGGGAGAGACGGGGCUGGAGACCUGGCUGAGCCAUGCAAGGAGGUUCUGGGUCAUGGCCUGAUGCUACAGAAGUAAUGUUUCCAACACUAAACUUUUGAUCCUGGGUAACUGUGAUCUGCGAACCAGUUUGGGGGGCUAUAAUCAAGGCCAGAUUUAAUUUUUGUAAGCAGUCAGUACAUACUGGAAAUACAGCAUUAGGGUUUUUUUUAGUAUUAUUUUCUGGUUUUGUUUCUAUGGGAUAAAUCCAUAUGUGUGUUUAAUCCAAUGAGUAGAUGUCCUAAAAAAUAUUUUUUCUACAGUCCGUUUAAACAUAGCAAAGGGGGCCUUUGUGCUUUGUUUCCUCCCUUUAAUUUUGUCUCUUGUCUCAUCUGUUGCAUGGGAAGACGAUGGCAAGGAUGAAUUGCAUGUAAUAGGUUGUGUCUAUCAAAGAACUGUUGGUCUGUAUUACUAAAUUUACAUACAUAUAUGCAAAGAGUUUGUCUGCAUUGUGCAGUUUGUGUUUAUUCUUAUUUGUUGUAUACACAGAUUCACCACGAUGAAUAAAACAUUUAUACGAAGGCAUACCAGAAGACAACAAAAAAAAGCUUAUGUAAGAAGUAGACUGUGCAAAACAUCAUUGCACUGGCCACAGGAUGGUGAAACUUCAUGUAAAUAGGUUGGCAAACUCAGUUCUCCCCUUCUACCAUGCCAAAGAAAAUUUUAGCUCCUUAAUACAAUACCUCUCUUGCUGUUCUCCAAGAUGAGACGUCACCAUUUUCUUCCCUCUAAAAUUAAUUUUGCUGUUAAGUGAAAGCUGUUUUCAACUGUCUGUUACUACUAAAGUACUGUAUAGUAAACCUGAUGGAAUCAAUUUGUAUUUACAGAUUGGGUUUUUUGUACUUACAUGUCCAGCUGUCUGGGAACCUGCAGCGUUCCAGACCUUUUGCAUGCUUGCUUUGUAUUUUGUUGUUCUUCUGGGUUUUAUCUAAUCUCCGAGAGACUGUUUCCACAGCAAUCCAACCUCCCCUUACCAUUUCAUAUGUUAACACUGCACACAGUCAUUAUCUUUUUCCUUUUUUUUUUUUAAUCUGUAUUUCAGCUACAAUUCUACUUGGCAAAAUCAGUCACACCUGCACAGUCUUAGAAAUCCAGUUUUAAGUAGAUAACAACUAUUUCAACAAAGCACCGCUUUGUUGUACUUCAAAAAAUGUUAUAAAUACACAAAGAUCCUUAUGAGAUUGCGCACAUAAUAGAGCCUAUAGAAAAGUGUCUACAGCUUUUAAGUGCUUUGUAGUUCACAUAACACAGCUUUUGCUUAAUUUGCUGGGGUUUUUAGCCACUCUCGGUUUUUUAAUAUACUGUCAUUUUCAUAAACUUUAACUUGUGUAGAGUCAGGUUGGUUCUUAACAAACCCCCUCCUCCCCCAAAUAUAAAGUAGUUCACUUUGGCUAUGGUGUGUACCUGAAACAACACUAAGAACUGUGACUUUUUAUAUAAAUAUAUAUUAGGAAACGUUUUGUCUUGGUUUAACACCACUGUAAGCAAUGAGCUAUGAAAGCAGGCAGUUUGGUCCAUUCAUUAAAAGUGUAUCUUGCUGAUCCUUCUAUUUAUUGGUAUAAAGAAGACAUUAUUCAGCUCCCUUCAAAUGGGAAAGCAAGUAAAAUUAGACUAAGUAAGGAGGUUAUCUUUCUUUUAAAUGCCGCUUUAGAUAAACUCAUAUUCUGUGCAAAUGCAUUUUAGAAUGUCUAAUAAUGGGGUUUUUUUUUGUGAUGACUAAUGCAAAUUCUAUGACUUAUUUUUAAAGAGGUAAUAAAAUUUUCAUUCUGUUACCUAGUCACAGAAAUAUUCAACUUAGCUUUCUUCAUCCCAGUAUCAUUUAGCUAUAUCACUUAGCUGCAAAGUGAGAUGUCAUUCUGUAAAGAAGCAGGGGCGGUGCAUCAGAAGAGUCAGAGCAGGUACAUGAUUAAACGUUCAUCUACGUGUUUCUAAGGGAGUACGGCCAGGGAGAAGAAGAUCAUAAGUAGGUUAAUAACGUAUACAAGCAAAUCGAUCCACAGGUGUUUCAUGGGUGAUAUUACAGAUAUGUUAUAUACAACAGGCAGAAUCCGGCAAGCCUACUGUAGAAGCAUUCGGCACACCUCUGGACUGUGUGCUUUCUCUCGUAAGAAGAAAGCAAGGCUACAGUACCUUCUGUUUAUAAGGUUUAUCGAUCUGACCAGUACAAAAUCCCCAUUUACCCAAUUUGGUUUUGCCACCUAGAACUGCCUUUUGCCACAGACCUGGAAACAAGUUUUUACAGUCACCAGGUGUGAAGAAUCAAGCAGCGUGUUUCACUCCCUUACGCCUCUCCCUGCUUUUACAGUUUACGUAUCAGGAAUUCCUGUCACAGGGAAUGAGGUGUAAAAACACAAUUUAUUAAUACAGCUAUUAUUUUCACGUAUGUGGAAUAAUAAUCUUAUUCCUUCCAAUCUCGUUUUUCUAGUGAGGAAAUGAGCCACAAAACAGGUCUGCUGGGAGUUACAUCACCAGUUACCUCAGCGUGAAUAGCGGGGGGAAUGUUCAAGCAACAUUAUAACAAUAAAAAUUGGAAAGGAAUUUAUGUAUGCAUUACAUUUUCAGUAGUCUUAGUUAAUACUUUAAGGUUUAUAGCAAUAGCACCAUUUUGUUUGAUAAUUUACAUUUUAAUGAACCACCGACAGUAGCUGUCUUAGAAUAUGCUAAUAUUUUUCCAUACGUACCUUAACAAACAACUUGGACAACACUUUUUGAAAUGCUAUGGCUAUGUAAUCCAUUCAGUUGCUAAAAUGUUGGAGUUGAUUUUUUGUUUUAAAUUCUAAUGAAAAGUCAGAAUCAUCUUAUACCCUUUAAGUAUAUAAAUUUAAAAUGAAAGCAAAUUACAAAGUAAAAUGCAUCAAAUAUGACAUUGCAACCCUCUAAGGAACUGUUCUUUUGUCUCUGAAUAAGAGUACCUGAAAUACCACGGCUGAUCUACAGUAUAUAUAAAUCUGCCUAUCAUGCCAUGAAACGAAUCAAAAGUAGCCAUUGAACCUAGACAAGAGUUUUGAUUAUCUAGUAUUUUCUUAUUACAGUACUACGUAUAAAUGGAAGGAAAUCACGGAAAACUUUGCAUCCUUCAUUGUUUACACUCUGAUUCAGCAGAUGAAUGUAUAUGCGAAAAAACACUGAUUAUAAGAUGAUUCAGGUCAGCGGUAUUCAUAAAUAUAAACAAAACCAACAUUCUGUGCUCUCCAGACACCAGGGUUGACAAACGCAAAUAUGUUAAAAUUUAAGCAAAUAUUUCUGUUAAGCUCUACAGAGUUUAAGGGUUAGAGGUAUAAAAUAGGAACUAUAAUUUCAAGAUGAAUUUUACUUUGAAGAUUCUUUAUACCGUAUCAGUACAUUUUAGAACUCUGCCUGAUAUUUUGGUUAUCUAAAAAGAGAGCAGCUAGCAGCUUUGGGAUGUAUGUCUUGUUAUUUAGCUGCAUAACUCCUGUGUAAGUUAUGCAGGGAUCUUUGGUGAUUAUGCUCCCUGAGAACAUGGGUUUCACAAGCUUCAUUUUUAGAAAGAAAGAAUCCACAUUGAGGGGGAAAAAAAAAAAAAGGGUAAAAGAAAGAGCAAGAUACAUGGGAAGGGGGAAUAAUAAAAGUGAUUAAAUUCAUUCACAGAUUUUUUUGCAUUCUAUUACAUGUUCUGUACCACUGUAUUUUCCUAUUUCAAAACUGUCCUUUCUAGAAGAAAACUAAUUUCUAGACUAAUAAUAGAAAUACCUUUUUUGGUUGAUAUACAGUUCCCUUAUUUCUGGGUCAUGUACCUCUUCAAAAAUCAGGACCUUGGCACCUAAAUCACAAUGUUACAGUUUGGUAUUAAAAAGAAAUAUUUUCCAACCAUUUAAGCAGUUUCUCGCUCAGUCAUGGUUUCAACAAAUGUUAACACUUUUGAAACUCAAAUGUAUGUAUCUUUUUUUGCUCUAAAGAAUUCAAGGGCUGCCAAAACUACAUGUACAAAAAAAAAAUUAAGAGACUCAUAUGUAAAUAAGUUAGGGAAGUCCCAAUAGUUGUGCAUCGUUCAUAACUCAAUGUGAAUUUCACACUGAGCAGCAUU